AUGUUUGCUGGCUCGUCUUACAAGCAUCUGUACAGAAGUCUCGGAGACCUUAGAAGCUACGCGACCGAGCGAAAACGAUCUACGGGUAAAAUGUUCGACACUAUCGUACUUGGUGCAGGGUGGAGUGGGGCGGUGACAGCGAGGGAUCUUGCCAAGAAGGGAUAUGCCGUUCUUGUGCUUGAAGCUCGGGAUAGGGUAGGUGGAAGGGCCCGGACAUGGGUAGGAAAAGGAGAUACUAGGAUUGAUAUUGGUUGUUCUUUCAUACAUGGGUACAAAGAAGGUAAUCCCACUGGGUAUAUCGCCAAAGAGUUGAAUGUGCCUGCACACCUUCCAAAACCCAGUGAAAGUCUGAUUUACGGUCCCAAUGGUCCAUUGUCAAAAGCUCAAGCUUCGAGUCUAACUUCUGCUCUAUCUGCCGCUCAAGCAGCUUACAAACUUCCUCAUCCAUCCCCACCCCCUACCGCAUCUCUUGCCUCAGCUCUUUUAUCCCCUUCUUCUCCCUUAUUUACCACCUCGACCACUCCCGCCCCAUCGUCCGAUCUGAAUAAUACCAACCCUGCCAACCCUUCUCUCCCAUCGUUGGCAGACUCGACUCCUGCCACUGAGCUCGUAGAUCCACAAUUGGCCAAGGGACUAGCUAGGACACUCGAGCUUCCAUUAGGCGUCAAACUAGAGAAAGUUUCGUUGAAAUGGGCUGGAUGGGAAACAAUCACCAAUUUCUCUGGAUCCGAUGCCGCUCCUGAAGGUGGCUAUCAAUCCUUGGUCGAAAAAGUCCUCGAGGAUGCUAAAUCUCACGGAGCCAAAGUCCUUCUUAACACAAAAGUGAUCAGUAUAGAGAAUACAAACGAAGGUGUCAAGGUGAUCACGGAUGAAGAAAUUUAUCAAGGAAAGACUGUCAUCUGUACUAUUCCACUGGGUGUUUUGAAAACUCUUCCCGACGAUUUCUUCCGUCCCUCUCUACCUACCAAGACAAGCGAAAUCAUUGCCGGAACUCAUGUAGGUUGUCUGGAGAAAUUACUCUUACGUUAUCCUCAUGCUUGGUGGCCAAAAGCGGAAGAAGUUGGAUCAUACACUUUCCUACCUACUUCUACAACCUCUCUCUCCUCGACUUCAACACCGAAGGAGAUCUUCGAGGCUUCUUCACUAUCCACAGCUUCUUUCGCUACUGGUAGUUUACCAGGUCAAGAGCCUAUAUUACUCACGUAUCUGUCCGUGGAUCCCGCGACUUUACUACUUAAACAUCCUCAACAGGAGGUUGCAAAGGCUUUCCACGAGUUCUUGAAAGAACGCUUCGGAGUGCAUGAAGAAGUUCCAGAACCGACAGAAGUGAUCAUGACCAAUUGGCUCACCGAUGAGUAUGCGAGAGGCGCGACAACCACACCGAGUAUCAUCAGUGAGCACGGGGAAAGAAGCCCGAUGGACUUUAAGGAGUUGGGACGGCCAUUAUGGGGAGGUAAACUCGGGUUUGCAGGUGAACAUACAGAGAUGGAACAUCGGGGAAGCGUGGCCGGAGCGGUGAUCAGUGGACAAAGAGAGGCGGAAAGGGUGGAUAGGUUGUUGAAGCUUUGA